UUUCACACCGCGACAAUAUAAACAUAUGUUUGUCAUAAAAUUGGCAUUCUACGUUUGGCCGGUUACGAACUGAUUUUCCAAGGACUUGUAUUCGAGAUGAGUGCUACAAUGGAAGUGGAUCCAACGAUAAAGCAGGCGCUCAAGUUCCUUCACUCACCCAGCCCCGAUUCAGCAGAAAAGAUUCGUUUAACUCUCGACGAAAUCAUUAAACAGCGAUAUGGGUCCCGGAAAAUGCUCAUAAACGUUCUAAGUAAGAAAUAUCUGGAGGAGGAGUCGCAUUCGCCGGGUACGAUCAAGCGUCGAAAAUCAGACGAAAGGGCUACGUCGUCCACAAAGUCUUUGUCAAGUGCAACCCCUAGCCAAGAAAUUGUAACCACCAGCUCCGAGCCAGUGUCUAUAUCAAUUGGGGACGGUGGAUCAGAUGAAGAGAAUCUGAAGGAAUUCGGGGAUCUGGCUUGUGUUAUUUGUGGCGUAAUGGUGGUCAAAGCCGGAAACCGUCUUAUCGAAUGUGCCGAAUGCCACUCGUUGUAUCAUCAGGAAUGCCACAAACCUCACAUCUCAGAUGAUGAUGCAAAUGAACAGGAGUAUUCCUGGUGCUGCAGUGAUUGUAAAAACAAAUUAAUGAUGACGAAAACUCCUACGACCACAUCGUCCCCCGAAAAAUCGUCAUCCUCUUCCUCCUCAUAUGAAAAACAUUACUCGAAAAGUUACGAGCACUCUUCAUCAAGCUCGAAAAAUAAAUCAUCUUCGUCUAAACUGAGCAGUAGCAGUGGAAGUAAAUCCCCCUUCAGUAACUUGUUGAGCGCAUCGACAUCGUCAAGCGGAAUUGGGAGUUCAAGUAGCUCCAAGUCAUCGUCCUCGUCUUCAUCGGUAACACCCAACAUAAACAUUAUCAGUGCCGACCAACGGUUGCAAAUAAUGAAGAAGAAAGCGGCCAAACAGCUGGAGAGUAAACGUAAGCAAAAAUAAUUUGUCCUACUUUGUUACCUGUAAAUCUAUAAUUGUAUAAUAUCGAUAAAGCAGGAAGCAUUAGUAUUCAAGAACUGUUAACACGAU